AUGGAUCUAAACGUAGUGGAUUCUGCCCCUUCGGGCAAUAAGGAGACGGCUGCGGAGGCCGACUUCAUGGACCAGAUUGUGAAGAAGGCACUGCCGUCGAACUACAACUUCGAAAUCGCAAAGAGCGUCGCCAAGGUGCGACAGCUACGCGCAAAAAAGGUUGCGCUACAGAUGCCCGAGGGGCUGCUCUCCUGGGGGUGCGAGAUCGCGGACAUACUCAAGUUCUUCUGCGAGUCUAUAGACGAGGUCAUUAUCAUGGCGGACGUGACCUACGGCGCCUGCUGCAUCGACGACAUCACCGCGCAGGCCAUCGGCUGCGACCUCAUCAUACACUACGGCCACUCGUGCCUCGUGCCAGUCACCUCGGUCACCGUGCAGUGCCUCUACGUGUUCGUCGAAAUCAACUUCUCGCCGCACUACCUCGCCAAGGCGAUCACGCAGGUGUUGAAGCCGCAGGACAAGGUAUUUCUCAUGGGGACCAUACAGUACUCGAACGUGCUGCGCGAGGCGGCGGCCAUCAUCGACGAAACUGGGCACUUCAGCAACAAGGUGAUUGUGCCGCAGGUGGCCCCGCUGCUACCGGGUGAGGUGCUGGGAUGCACGUCGCCGGUGCUGCACGGUUGCGAGUUCAAGCGAAAUGAGAGGGCCACAUCUAUUGUCAACGGUGGGGACUGCGCCUGUCGGAGCAACACGGAUGCUGGCAGCCGCUGUUGCAUGGAGCCGCCAGCAGCGGCAAACGGUGGUCACGCUUCCGCCGAUGCGCAUCUCAAUGCUAACGGCCAAUCGGAUCCGGCGAUCGUGGAUCAUUCGGGCGAAGGGGGCGAACGAACGAUAGUGUUCGUCGCCGAUGGCAGGUUUCACCUGGAGAGCGCCCUGAUACAGAACCCUGGCAUACGUGCGUACCGCUUCGACCCGUUCAACAAAACGAUAUCGGAGGAGUCAUACGACCUCGACACUCUGCACUCGACGAGGGGCGACGCAAUACAAAGGGCGAAGAGCGCGAAGUCGGUGUGUCUGGUGCUCAGCAUGCUCGGCCGCCAGGGAAACAUCAACAUCCUCAAAAAUCUCACCAAGAUGCUGGAGACGGCCCAAAUCGAGUACCACAUCAGACUGCUUUCGGAGAUCACACUGGACAAGUUGGCGCAGCUCGACGUGGACGCGUACAUACAGAUCGGGUGCCCCAGGCUGUCGAUCGACUGGGGUGCAGGGUUCGGGAAACCGCUGCUGAACCCGUACGAAGCGUACGUCGCGUACAACAAGGAGGUUUACAAGAGCACAUAUCCCAUGGAUUACUACUCCAACGCGGGAGGGCAGUGGUCUAACUACACGGCGAACCGGAAGGGUGCGCCCCCUGUCGACAGCAAGGAGGCCAUACGGCGGAUGCUGCAGCAGCGAGCACGUGCUAAACACAUAGAGUACUCGCAGUAG